UUGUGUGUUCAAUACGUUAUGCAUUGUAUGUAAGCAAACGUAUUAUGUAUUGAAUGACUAAAUGUAUGGAAAAAUGGCUUUAUUUUAGUUACAAUUGAUUGUCAAGACUUUAAUUGAAUAUAUUUAAAGUGAUUGAUAACAAACAUACCGUUAAUUACCAUUAAUUAGUACUCAUUAGCCUUAAUAUUAUCAAUCAGUUAGUUAUGUUAUGAAGUGUUGUAUCAAAUGAUGUCCAGACGUGUUGUCGGAGUAAUUGUGAGAAGUGGUCGAAAACAAUCCAACAAUUUUCUGAUGUACGGCAUAUCAGAGCCGACUGUAUAUCACGCUUUGGUCGUCAUAUUCCUCGAGUUCUUCGCCUGGGGUUUGCUUACCACUCCUAUGAUAACUGUGUUAAAUGAGACGUUUCCGAGCCAUACAUUUCUUAUGAAUGGAUUGAUUGUUGGGAUCAAAGGUUUCUUAUCAUUCCUGUCGGCGCCAUUGAUCGGUGCAUUAUCUGACCUCUGGGGCCGUAAAUUUUUUCUUUUACUCACCGUAUUCUUCACGUGUUCUCCGAUACCACUCAUGUAUUUGAAUACAUGGUGGUAUUUCGCGAUGAUAUCUCUUUCAGGUGUGUUUGCCGUUACAUUUUCAGUGGUGUUCGCCUAUGUGGCUGACGUGACCACAGAGCACGACAGGAGUUCGGCUUAUGGACUCGUUUCGGCCACAUUUGCCGCCAGUCUAGUCACGUCCCCAGCAUUGGGUGCAUAUCUGAGUGCUCUUUACGGCGACAGUCUAGUCAUAUUGAUAGCGACAUUAAUAGCUGUUUUAGAUGUUUUAUUUAUAUUAUUUUUCGUACCCGAAUCAUUGCCCGAAAAAUUAAGAUUAAAAUCGAUCUCAUUGUGGGAAACGGCUGAUCCAUUUGUCUCACUUCGUAAAGUAGGCAAAGACAAGACAAUUUUGAUGCUAUGUUUAGCCGUUUUUCUGUCAUAUUUGCCAGAAGCGGGUCAGUACUCAUGUUUUUUUGUAUACUUGAGACUUGUCAUGGGUUUCAGUGCUGAAGAUGUGGCACUUUUUAUUGCUGUCGUCGGUCUACUAUCAGUCAUAGCCCAGACGGCAAUGUUAUCUAUGUUUAUGCGAACCUUCGGCAGUAAAAACACGAUAAUGUUUGGACUAUUGUUAGAAAUGCUUCAACUAAUGUGGUAUGGAUUUGGCUCUCAAACUUGGAUGAUGUGGACGGCCGGUAUUGUUGCCGCAUUGGCCUCUAUAACUUAUCCAAGUAUAAGUGCCUAUUCAUCAAUGGGCGCCGAUGCCGAUAAACAAGGCUUAGUUCAGGGACUCAUUACAGGAAUUAGAGGAUUAUGUAAUGGUUUGGGUCCAGCAGUUUAUGGAUUUGUGUUUAAUUUAUUUAAUGUUGAUUUAACACACAAUGUGCCUGUUAUGGGUCAAUACCCGGGUGGAGGCGAGAGGGGGGCUCUAGUGAUGAACGAGCGAAUGAUGAAUUCAAGCAUUCAUACUAUAAAUAUGUCGGACAACCUCCUGAUUCCGGGCCCACCCUUUGUUUUUGGAGCCUUUUUAGUGUUUCUGGCAAUUCUUGUGACUGCUAUAGGAAUUCCAGAACUAAUUCAAUAUCCUUCUCAACAUAAUUGUGAAAGUAAUCAAUAUAACAGCUCCGGUAGGCAAAGCUCUAAGUACUUCUACACUUCAAUGCAAUAUCAACGUAACGACAAUCAAUGCGUUGGGACCAAUGUUAUUGAUAGUAAAAGUAGUCCAUUAGGAAGUGCUGAUGAAGAUAAUAUCAAUCAUUGUACUCAUUCUCUUACAUCUAUAGCUAGUCCUCUGAGGAAAAGUGAAAAUAAGAGAUAUGAGAUGCAUAAAAGGGGACCAAUUAAUAGUGAAUUACAGCUGCCAUUAAUGCAAGACUUGGAUCCGUUAUAAGUGAAAGUUCUGUGAUCUCUGUAAAACUUGUUGUCUUAUGUUUUGUAUUAGUAAUUUCAAAUUGUUGUCAUAUUAUGUAUAAUAUUUUUGUUUUACCACUCAUUCC